GAAAAGACAAAAAAAAAAAAAAAAAAAUAGUACUUGUCUUUUUCUUCCUUUUCUCUCGUUCGCCUUCGUCUCGAAGGAAUUGGACGCGGACGAGUCGUCGAAGAAGCUAGGGUUUUCGUCAUGAACGACCUCUAAUACGGAUCCGAGCGGAUUACGGCUCCGACAUUCGAAGAUUAGGGUUUCCAAACGCUAGGUUUAGGUUCUACGCAAUCCGUUUGCCUGUGGUUUAGGUAUUUGGAUAUUCUAGGCUGGUUGUUUUUCUUUGGUGGGAAUCGCUCAGUAAUGGUGGAAUACGCCCCGCAUCACAACGUGGGCUAGCGAGGAAGCGUCGGAGGCGAAUUUUUUGAUUCUAGGGUUUGUGAAUUGCAGGGAUUUUUAGAGCUUCAGCUUUCAGUCUCUGGGGCAUUCGUUGGAAACAGCGAUUUUGAUAUCAGAAGCUCAGGUUUUCGGAUAAUGUGUAUACUUUGUGUGGUCCAGAGGUGGUCGCGGCGGGUCGCCACCAUGCUGCCGUGGUUGGUGCUCCCUCUCAUCUUCUUCUGGGCGCUGUCGCAGCUCCUCCCUCCUGGCCUCCGGUUCGAGAUCACCUCGCCGCGGCUGGCCUGUGUUGUGGUUCUCCUCCUUACCCUUUUCUGGUAUGAGAUCCUGAUGCCGAAGCUGUCGGUGUGGCGGGCCCGCCGGUCGGCGCGCCUCCGGGAGCGGCAGCGGACCAGGGCCCUCGAGCUGCAGAAGCUCCGGAAGUCGGCCACCCGCCGCUGCCGGAACUGCCUCACCCCGUAUCGCGACCAGAACCCUGGCGGAGGCCGGUUCAUGUGCUCGUAUUGCGGGCAUAUCUCUAGAAGGCCCGUGCUGGACCUUCCGGGUUCUGUUGUUCGGAGCUCGGGGAUCAUCAAUGACCUUGUUGGAAAGAAUGGUUGGAUCUGCAGCCAGAAUUGGUCUGCGGAUGGGAAUGGGAGCUGGGUCAGCCCCGUCCCACGGUAUUGGGUUGGUGGCGGUGAUGACCGGUGCUUGACAGAGAAGUCUUAUUCAGGCGUGGUAGCUUUUGCCUGCAAGCUGCUUACGUGUUUUUUCUCUAGCGUGAGAUGGCUUUGCAGGAAGGUUUUUAGGUUUGGUUAUUCAAGGGAGGACAGCUCUUCAGAUGCAGAUCACAAGGGAUCAUCAUCUAAAAGAGGGGAGAAUGGAGGAAAUUUGCAGGAGAGCAGGGGGGAGAAAGCUAGAAGGAAAGCAGAAGAGAAGAGACAGGCUAGGUUGGAAAGGGAAAUGCUCGAAGAGGAAGAGAGGAAACAGAGGGAGGAGGUUGCAAGGUUAGUGGAGGAAAGGAGGAAAUUACGUGACAAGAAGCUGGAAGCUGAGAGAAAGCGGACAAAGAGCUCAAUGCUCGAUGGUGAAAGAGACAAUACGAAAGAAGUGGAGAAAAAGAGGCAUGAGAGGAGGAGGGAGAAAGAUAAAGGUUCUAGCAAGAGCAAUUCUGAUGGUGAAGACCUUGAGAAAAGGGUGAGUAGGGAAAGUGAAAGGAAGCAUGAGUUUGACAGAAAGAGUGAGAAUGAAAAACGGGAGGCACUGAAAUCUACAGCAGAGAACUACAAAUCACAUACUAAAGAACCUGGGCAUGGAAGCAAGGUGACAACAAAUAACCCAAGAUACUUUGGUCGAAUGACGAGCACUUUCCUAUCUUCUUCUAGAGGUUUGAGUGGUGCCUCCUUUUUUGGGAGAAAUGCUCAGAGCCUUGCUGCUCCAGUUAACAAAGCAAGUAGGACUGCUAUUAGCUUUGUUGAUCAUGGUUCUGGAAUUAAAAGAGAUGUUCAUUCUGCUGGGCAUGUAACAGUGAAAUCUGCUGCUAAUGGAGAUGGAACUUCUUUGACUAACAUUCAUCAACCUGUAAGUUCAGACAUGCAGCCACAUAGUACUACCCCAAAGAAAUCCUGGCAUCAACUAUUUGCUCGUUCAGAAGAUGCUUUUCCUUAUCCUGAUGCGAAUACGUCUGGCUGUCCAAGUCAGAAUGGCCAACUAGAAGCUCAAAGUGCAAAAUUACCUGCUCAAGGAAUGUUUCCUAAUUAUUCUGUCGAUAACCAAAUUAAUUUUGGACGAUCAUUGCCUCUCAGCACCUAUCCUCCAGUGAGUGUAUCAUUUAGUAGCAAUCCAGUUCCUCCUUUGGUAUCUGAAUCCAUGUUUCCUCCUCUCAAAGAACCAGCACAAAAUACAGCACUAGAAGAAGCAGAGCUAUUUGAAGACCCAUGCUAUGUUCCAGACCCUGCCUUGUUGCUUGGGCCGGUAUCUGAGGCACUUGAUAAUCUUCCAUUGGACCUGGGGUCUGGGUUCUCUGCUGAUCAGGUGGAAGUACCUCAUGUUUUAAAGAACGUGUCUGCUCCUGGAGAUGUUAACAAGCUUUCACCAAUUGAGUCUCCCAUCUCCAGACUGCGAGUUUCUGAGGAAAAAUAUACUGCAUCAAGCCAAGUAUCUGGUACUCCAAAAUCGCAGGAGUCACAUGCUUCAAAUUUGGAUGAAGCAAGUAACGCACAAGGAACAUGGCAAAUGUGGGGUGCUCCACUGGCUCAUGAUGCAUUGGGAUUGGUUAGUAGGCCUUCCAGCUGGUAUUCACCCCUAGGACCGAACAAAUUUAAGCAAGAAGAUAUCAUUCAUCCUUUGACACACAACCCUGCGAUAUCACAAAGUCCAAAUGAGAAGCAUGUUCUUCCUGGCAUUCAAUCUCUGCAGCAUGUUUGUGUUGGUGAUCAACAGAAUGGUGGAACAUACAGUCCUCUUGGUCCUAGUGUGAAUGGGAAUGAUAUGUGGGUGCAGAAAACACCCUUGCAGCCAUUACUUGUUGAUGGAGCGAGCCAUUUUCUUCCUUUUGAUCUCAUAGAUAAUAUUGCGAAGAAUGAUGUGACAUAUGACAGUCCAAACGGAUCAAUAGCUAGCCAUCCUUUUGAGCUACCUCCAUCUAAUUGUUGGUCCAACUAGGCUUCUCGUGUUGAUGAAUCAUGAUCUGUGCCUUUGAACCUUUGAAGCUACUUUCAUCACCUUCUCUGCCAAUAUAAUGGUAUGUCCUUGCGCAUGGAGCACACAACAUGAAAUAUCAGCAGUAAUUUGCUCUUUGCCCCCUCAAAAUGGUUGAUAUACAAGCGCAUCAAAGGAAAAUAUUGAGCAAAUCUGGGCCACAUCCAGGCUCCCCUUCUGUCUGUCAAUUGUAUGAAUUGUUGCCUUCCCUGUAGCAGUUACAUUCAUUGGUGAUUAAUUGGACUUACACAUGUGAGCUUGCGGCUUCAAAGUCAGACUGUAGCGUGUCAGGUUUUUGGUAAGGUUACUUAGUCUUAUCCGAAAGUGGUGGAAGGCAAGGCAUGCUUUAAUCACCUUAGUCUAAAAGCUGCAGCCGGAGGUCCAAGGGUGAAGACAAAAGCUACAGAGGCACGGCAACAUGUUGAACUCAUAAGCUUAUCACUGCGUAUAAAUACAAAAAAUUCAUUGUUCUUGUUCUUUCCAGGGAUAUCUGUGGUGAGGAGGGUCUGAAAUUAUAGAUAUGAACGUUCUGACAAAAGCGAGUGGUUGAUUAAAGAUGAUAUAUAUGAGUAGCUAGAACUAGUGGUUCUCUUGUUGAGUGCUUGGCUAUGGGUAUAAAUCAAUUGUGGAGUAGGCUUUGCAUGGUUGACUCCAAAUUGUUAACAUAAAGUUUGUUUUAUUAUUUACGGAUAAUAUAUUCAAAAUGAUCUAGUUCUUGUC